AUGAUAGAUCUACCGAUUAUGGAUUGUUAUUCCAGAAGAAAUUAUGAAGAGCUUGUUGUGCCUAAUUAUCAAGAAUCGUCAUCAGAGACGUACCCAUCUAGUGGUAUGUGGGGUGGAUGGAGCAUGAACUCCCCUGAAGCUGCAGAGAAAUGUUUCGAUUACGAUAGUUUCAGUGGAGAAGAAUUGAUGUACAAUCAGAUGGGUAUGAGGACGAGUGAAGAAGAAGAAGAGUCCAAGAGGUCAAAGGCUUUCUACGGUGCUUCUUCACUUGACGACUUCGAAGGAAUCGAGCAGAUGGAUGAUAUGUUCUUAAGUUCCAUUUUGGAGGAUGGUCCAGGGAAUGAUGGAGAUGUUCAUCGCGCUUCCAGCAGCAAUAACAGUGUCGAUUCUUCAUAUAUGUAUGGUAGCAGGGAAGUUCCCAUGUUCCAUUGUCAUGCCAUGCCCUUAAAGGGAGAGGCUCCAUUUUCAAUCUCGGAUCUGUGUGAAGAGAACAUGUUAGAUUCACACUAUGGGGAUGAACUAUCUUCUGAAGAACUCGUGUUGCAGGAUCUACAGAAAGCUUCAGGAAAGUUAACCGAUGAGGCACGAAAGUGUUUCCGGGAUACGUUUUACCGGCUGGCAAGAAACUCACAAGAGAAGUUGGAUUCAGUCAGCACCAACUCAGAAGAGUUCCAUAUGCAAGCAUCACGAUAUGAUUAUGGCGAUGCUACAAGGUUGAGUAGAGAGGAAGAGAUGGAAUCAGAAACGAACUCAAUCGAUAGAGCGAUCGCAAACCUCACAUUCAACAAGAUGGAAUCCAACAUAAGCAACUUCCCUCUAUCGGAAAGAGUACAGUAACUUGUGCUGGAUCAUCAAAGAUCAACCAUUGUCGCCUCUCUCAAGUCUUUUUGUUUGUGUAUAUGUGUGUAUAUAUAGAUGGCUCUGAUGUUGCAAACUUCAGUUUUGAUCUGUCUCAAAAGAAUCUGGUUCUCCUUUUACUUCCUGCAGUACGCUUUUUUUAAUUUCAUUAGUGUGUGUGACGACAAUGUUUGAUGGCCAAAGACUCGAUAUAAAUAAAGAGCACCAUGUUUCAACAACAGCGAAGCAUUGAUUCAACUAUAAUCAUGACAAUAGAGUUUUGAGUUUUGUGAGA